GUAUGUUGCACAGGUGUCACAAAUUCUUCUAAAAAAAGAGAAAAGCACAAGAGAAAAAGUGUAAAUACGGACGUUUUCUUCCGAAAAAAAGAGUAUCACCAAGUGUGUUGCAAUCAAGAUUCAAUGCUAAAACUGUCCCCGGGUAGGCGUGGAAUCGGGCCACGUCGGAGAUAAGCCGUGGAGAAGUAGUAGCACAUUAUUCUGCGGGCGAUAAGAAAGCAGACCACAACAUCUAUACGCAUACAUUGCACGGGUCAGGAGGCAGAAGGGUGACGAAAGCAGACGACAGUGAAAGCAUCCGCCCGCCUUGGUGUCACUGGCAUCGAGAGACGGAAAGGCAAGCAAACACCAACACCACCACUCAUCACCGCUGUCGUCGUGUGGCAAAACUGUCCCGGACGGGGUGUGAUCCGCCGACGGCGGGACGUCCGGCACCAUGUACUGCCUGCAGUGUCUCAUCCCGGUGCUGCUGAUUCCCAAGCCGACGAACCCGGCCCUGAUGCAGACGCAUGUGAUGUUUAUCGUGCUCUAUCUGAUCGGCUUCUUUCUCGAGCGCAAACCGUGCACCAUCUGCAGCCUGGUGUUUCUGAUGGCCGUGUUCCUGAUCUGCAACAGUGGCGUCGGCAACUGCCUGUUCUGGGGCAAUUGCGAGGGCCACACGUGCGACAACGGCUAAUCGAACCGGACGCGGACAGGUCGAAGACGCGUGAGCUGAUGCGCUGGUAGGGCAGUGGUUGUUACUUCCUUGUUUACUGCUCCUUGAUUUUAAACACUUUCUAUCCUGAUUUAUUUCUCCAUUUCCACCGUUUUCUAUCCAAAAAUUGCCAAAGAUUUAGACAAAUGCGUGUUAAUUGUGAGGGUGCACGGGGAGUUGAAAGCGAAGCGAGACAGAAACCUUCGGUUUGGAGCGCUAGCACCAUGUUUAGGUAAAAUAAUUCUGUUUUUUUUCGUUUUAGAUGUUGAGUUUGAAAUUGUUUAGAAAAAAAAAAUUGCCUUACGAUUGGAUGUAGGUUUCGUUGUUUCACUCGUGUCGGGUUGAUAGGUAGUUUUCGUUUUUUUGUUUGUUUUGAGAACACAAAGACUGCAGGACGCAGAUCAAUCUUAAACGCAAAGGCGGUUGUGCUGUAAACGGGAGAUUUGAUAAACUAGCUUGAAGCGUGCGUGCAGGCGAGCGCAGCAUAAACAUAAACAUUAAAAAAAAAACAUUAGUCGUAGCUUGCCCGAUGUGAUUGAUACUGUGCGCGAAGGAGUCCAAAGGAAUUUGCAAGCAGCAAAAGCAUAGAGAAAACAUACAGGAUAGAGCAACAGAAACAGAAAACUUUACUAGCUUAAAGUAGUGACACGUUUUUGGAACAGUAAUCGAUACGGCAUGUAGUACGCAUUCAGGAUUAAUGGUUGUUUGUUAACGAUAUUUAUAUAUUGGCAGUUCUAAAUUCAAAAUUGAUAAAAACGUCCCCCCUAUCACUGUUCUGGCCGCAGCAGCUGGUCAUUAAGGAAUGUGUGCUUCUAUCCCAAGAAGUGCCCAAAAAAAAAAAAAAAAUAGUCCCUCAAAAAUGCGCAUCAUUACUCCCGAGGGUGUCACUAGUGUGGUUUCGUGAGGGAAUUUAAGCUAUAAUUCUCCUUCAAAAUAUCAAAAAAACAAACCACCCACAGUGGAUUAAAGGAAAAAGGCGCAACAAAGACGCCACAAAAGCAGCAAUACUCACGCGAACUCAGCUCGCGCAGCGUGUUUGCGAGGGAUGCGAUUCGGAUAACGAUAACUUGUACAUAGUUAUGAACAUACAUGUAGUAUUUAUUUUUUUAAAAUUACAAUCCUUAAUGUCCUUAGGUUAGCGUGUUGAAAAUCAAUUAAAGCAGCAGCUGUACACACCAUUAAAUAAAAUAAACUCAAAAUAA